GGCGAGGCCCGGCGGCGGGGAGCGGCGAUUUGCCGUGCCCGGCUCCGCGCCUCGGGACCGGCGUGCGGGAGGCUGAGGAGCGCGGGCGGCAGCAGGAGGAGGAGGAGGAGGAGGAGGGCAGCGCCAUGACUCACUUGCAGGCAGGGCUCUCCCCUGAGACUCUGGAGAAAGCCCGGCUGGAACUGAACGAGAACCCCGACACCUUGCACCAGGACAUCCAGGAGGUGCGGGAUAUGGUCAUCACCCGGCCGGACAUCGGCUUCCUCCGCACCGAUGAUGCCUUCAUCCUGCGGUUCCUGCGUGCCAGGAAGUUUCAGCACUUCGAAGCGUUUCGCCUCCUGGCCCAGUACUUUGAGUACCGCCAGCAGAACCUGGACAUGUUCAAGAGCUUCAAGGCUACCGACCCGGGCAUCAAACAGGCGCUGAAGGACGGCUUCCCUGGCGGGCUAGCCAACCUGGACCACUAUGGCAGGAAGAUCCUCGUCCUUUUUGCUGCCAACUGGGACCAGAGCAGGUACACACUGGUGGAUAUUUUGCGCGCCAUACUUCUUUCUUUAGAAGCCAUGAUAGAAGACCCCGAGCUUCAAGUGAAUGGAUUUGUUUUGAUUAUAGACUGGAGCAACUUCACCUUCAAGCAGGCCUCUAAGCUCACACCAAGUAUGCUUAGGUUAGCCAUAGAGGGCCUUCAGGACAGUUUUCCAGCUCGGUUUGGAGGAAUACAUUUUGUCAAUCAACCAUGGUAUAUUCAUGCUCUCUACACAGUUAUACGGCCCUUUUUAAAGGAGAAGACACGAAAAAGGAUAUUCCUUCAUGGUAAUAACCUCAACAGUCUACAUCAGCUAAUACAUCCUGAGAUCCUGCCUUCAGAGUUUGGAGGAAUGUUGCCCCCAUAUGACAUGGGGACAUGGGCAAGAACACUGCUAGACCAUGAAUAUGAUGAUGACAGUGAAUGCAAUGCGGACUCCUACAAUGCUCCAGCAAAAGAUAUAGAAAAGGACCUCUCUCCUAAGUCAAUGAAGAGGUCUCAGUCAGUGGUGGAUCCUGGGGUGCUAAAACGCAUGGAUAAGAAUGAAGAAGAAAACAUGCAGCCUUUGCUUUCCCUUGACUAACAGUUCCUGAGAAUCAAACAUGAACUGCAUUGGAAGGCACUCCGCAAAGAAAACCAUUGGGAAAGAGUGUACCAACUGGAAUCCUAUUUACUCAUGUUUAUGUAGCAUAAUGGAAGCAGGCAGAAGAUUUUACUUUUCUGCCUGAAUUCUGGAUGCCCUGGGGUGAAAAAGAAGAGAAGAAAGAAGGAAAAUAAUUAAAAAUAGGAAUCAAUAAUUUAUUCUGUAAGUGCCAACUUGUUUGUAAAUACAAUAUAAUCCUCCACUUUGACUUUCUAAGAUAUGGUAAGCAAAUACUAUGAGUGACUGCUAAAUAUGUCAGUGAAGUGCACCGUACAAAAGAGUAGAAAAUGUGCAUGCACACACACAUGCGUGCACACACACAGAGAAACACAUGCCGGACAAGAAAAAGUAUCAAAGCCAAUUAAAUGUUGUCCUUCUUGUAGGAAGCCAUACUGCAGCUAGUAUAUUGACUGCAAUAUACAGUAUAUUCUCCGCAAUGCUCAGUAAUGUGCAAAGAUAAAGAGGGAUUAUAAGAACUUGGGGAACCAGUCAAGUAUUUUCUAAAUGUAGGAAUUUAUUUCCAACUAACUUUGUGGCUUACAAUUGUGAUUUAGCAUAAACCAUGUAGCAUUGUGAAGAAGAUAACAGAUGAGCUGGAGCCAACUCUUUGACAGCUUGAUGUUUGGCUGUAUGAGUCUGUGAGGUUUCUUCCUUUUUAUUUACAGUUUGCAAGUAACCCAGCUUGUUACCCUAAUCUGGAUGCUGUAACGUGGGCCAUGUUGGAGUUAUUUCUCUUGCAUUUUGGGUGCACGUCAAGAAAUUUUCCAGAACUCUGUUCUCCCUUGUAAUGAGAAAAUAAUCCUCUAAGUUCAGUGUAAGAACCAAUGUUUGAAGUUAAAGCCUGGCAGCAGAGUUUAAAAGUUAAUCACUGAAUCCUCUGCACUGGGAGACUUGGAUACAUACAUAUAUAUAUUUUUACCAAUCUCUGACAAACAUGUAAGGUGACAUUGUUAGACAAGUAAAUUUAAUUGAAGGAUUAUACAGGAAAUCAUACCAAUUCAGUGUACUUAGAUAUAUUAUAGAUUGUAUAUUGAGAUGACUUCAUGAUUAAUAUAGUACAACUUUCCAUAGAACAACAGCAUCCCUCUCCAAGCAAGGAUUAAUAUGAAUAAGUUGUAGUCAAAUAUCUCAGCCUAUGUGUUUGGGGCACUUUUUUGUUUGUUUGUUUGUUUUUGUAGUGUAAGUGUAUAUAUUUAACAUGUGCCAUAAUAGAAAAAUAUGUUUUACCUCAAAAGGGCAACAGGUUUCACUAAGUAUUAAGUCAGCUGAAAUGCAGGGGCAUUGUAAUCAAUGUGUGUUGACACGAGUGCAAUUUGUUAUAUACUGAGACAGGAAUAUAUCCUUUGAACUAGAAAGGCAUUUCUUAUUAGGGCUUAACUUUGCAAUCAGAAUGAGACAGCAUGGGAUGCUCAUGUAAACAUCCAAAUAAUUGGAGAUAUUGCAACAGCAUAUCUGGACAACGCAGUGAUUAAGAAUAUGCUCAACAGAUGACCACUAGGGAGGCAGUAGCUCAUAGGUACCUUGCCUCUGAAGCUCUGUGGUAAGACUUUCCUCCAUCACUUCAGUGUUCACUGAAAUUUCAGAAUUGCUGGUUAUGAGUCACCUCUCCUUGCCCAGGAUUAUUCCAGAUUUAGGAAUUGGUGGACUGUGGAGAGUUAAGAGAAAUCUUGGAAAUGUGUCAUCUCAGAAUUUAUCCAUGGUGGCAACUUUGGCAUUCCUCAGUGCUGAGAUAAGCCAGUCUCUUCCAGCAUCAUCCUUGAUUAGCUCAGGCAGUACAUAGAUAAAGCAGUUCAUUAGGAAUACUGAUAAAUAGAAUAUGCUUCAACAUGCAUAUUGCAGAAACUUGUCUGAACCAGUCAUCUCCUCUUCACACUCUUAUUUCCAUUUUCAUGAUAUGUGUUACGGAGAAACAAAGGGAAAAGGUACAGAGCCUGAACUUGAGAAGUAUUAAUCAGUGGCAAUUGCAGAAAGGGUGAAUGGGAACCGUAGCUGCCUACAUCUUUGCAGUCUGUCCUACAAGUUUUCAGUAGAUGAAGGUAUUGUAAUACUACUUCCACUCUUUGAUCAGCUUGAAAGUAUGAUGAGUUCUUAUCUACAAUUUUAUUUUAUUUUUUACGAAUCUUGUAACAUCAUGCUAUAUAGAUAAGAUGUAACUCUAGGAUUUAUGUAAGUGCCAUAUUUGAAUGUAUGUAUACAUUCCCACAUCUAUGGCUAGUGGAAUAGUGUAUUGCUGUAGCUGAUUCUUAAAUCCGUACUAGAUAAACUGUAAUAUCAGUAUAAAUGUUCUCUUCGUAAGGGCUUUGGGAUUUAGUCACAUUUGUGCAAACUGUCACACAGUAGUUAUCAAAGUCUUCACGGAUGCUCUUGUAUACUUGGGCCAAACCUUGGUGUGAACCAGCCCAGCACUGAUUGCGGAGUACACCAGCAGUCUGGACAGAAAAUGGAAAUGCCAUCCUGACGGAGUAUCUUUGUAGGAAAGUAUAUCUGCUCAACUGUAUGAAGCUUCUGCAUACCAAUGAUAAAUCUGUUUAGUUUGUGAGUUCUUUAUUAGCUGUAAUUUAUGUAAUUUUUUCUGAUGCUUGAUUUCAGCUUGAAAUUAGUGAGCAUUAAUUAUUAUUUCUAGUUAGUGAAAGCGGGGUAUAUUAUAAAUUUGCAUUACUUGGUCUUCAUCUUUCACCAAGAACAAACCUACUUUUUCAAUAAGAUCCUCACUGUUAAGGAGUUGGGCUACAGCUUUUAUUUCACUGAAGCAAAUUCUUGCAGUGGUUACUGCAGUUGUGACACUGGAAAAAAAAAUAUGAAAAUGGAUAAGAAAAUGGAUAAUGUCACAUGCUCUUGGUAUUCUUUGAAGGCUUUUCUCUUUUACUCAUUAGAGUACAUAAAGUGUUUUCCCCUUUCCCUUGCUUCUUGUAGAAAAUCUUUAUAGAUAGGUCAAUUUUUAAUAGCUGAAAUUUGGACUGAAAAGUUUUUCCAAUCUUUAUUAUGAUAAGACUUAAUGUUGAAUUUUUAUAGCAGAACUGAAGUGCUAAAAAUAAAAUUCAAAUGUUUGGGAGGGUCAUUUUUAUUUCUGACCUUUGUUGUAUACUGGGUAGAAUAAAUCUCGUGCUUAUGCAUGCUGAUAUGCAUACCUGAAAAAUCCUGCCAUAUGAGGAACUUAGUGGAAAGACUGGAUUUACCUGUUCAACGAGCUAAGUGACAAAAAUAAAUAAAUAAAUAAAAAGGAGAAAAAAAGUGUAAAAUUGAUUUAAUUUUUUUGGCAAGAACAGAAAAUGCUCUCACAAAGUCUUUUCCAUGGAAGACUCUAUUGAACAUAUAUGGAGAAGUUGUGGAAACUUUAAUGCCCAAAGCUCCUUGGUCCUGUAAUCACAGAUGUGCAAGUCUGUUGGCCUUAUAAAGACAGGUAAUCAAUCCCACUAAGCUCCAACAAACAUGCAGGUUCCCAAUAGAUAUUAGGUGUAAUAUAGCUUUAAGAAAUCUUUACAGAAAUGUAAAUUUAUUGUAUAGCAUAUUUAAAAAGAUGUUUUGCACUCUGCAAACAUGAGAUGCCUAUCACUAAAGAUAUUUAUAAUGGUAUACAUAACACAGAAUUAAAGAAAAUCGGUGUAGAAAGGACCUCGAGAUGUCAGCUGUAUUGUUGUGUGGAAGAGCAGAUUUUCUUCAGCUGUGUUUCUCUUAAAGAAUUGUUUUAACUCAGUACAUUGCAUGGAACGUUCUUUGUAUCAUUUAAACACAGCCACAGCAAAGCCUAAGUACAAUAUCUGACAAAAUUGUAACUUGAUCAUAUUAUGUUAAUUUCUUUUAUAAUUUACUUUCAUUAUUUCUCUUUGGGAAUAUAAAAAGUUUACCAAAUAUAAUAAUUCUACCAUUCAGAAUUACCUGGAAAUCAAUUUACAAUAAGCUCUGGUCAUGUCCCUGUUAAUAUAUUGUUUUUGUUAUUAUUAAUAUAUUGAAUUGUUCAGAUUUUUGAAUACGCAUAAGAAAAAAAUUCAAAAUAAGACUUAAGGACUGUGGGCAGGGGGAAGCUGAGUUUGUCUUGGAUCAUUUUUAUUUGCCUCUGGGGCACGUCCUUUUGAGCUAUCAACAGGAUUGGGUACUAGGACAAAUUUGUAAGAAUAUCAGUGUGAAAAACAAGAGAAAAGAUCUCAAAGGAUUGUACUGAAAAAUCACUUGGCUAGCUGUGUAAUGUCCUUUUAAUGAAAGGCAUUUUGUGAGUAGCUUCUGUGCAUGCAUUUGUGGUGCUGAGACUUUGGACUUUCAUCCAAAAAGUUCAAAGUACAAUGUGAAAUCAAGAAAAAAAUAAUCAUCCCAUUUCUCAGGUAGCAGUAUGGAAACAGUCAGUUAGAGAUGUUCAAAUCUCCAUAGAAUACAUUCGUGUUGAAUUUACGUAUGGCAAAAGCAAUGCUUUGAUCACUCAGUCCGGUUUGAACUGAAAGAAAGAAAAUCUUUUGUGUGAGAAGAAUGUCUGGCUGUUGAUUCAGUCAUGCCCAGUUUCCUUAGAAAUGUCCUACGCAUUUUAGCUUGAGCCCUUUGCAAACAAGGGAUGGCUUGCUUGAGUUAUAUCUGAAUGUAUGUGCCUUCUGCUGAGGAGCUGGUAAAAAGGAGUAUGCCCCCAAGAUGAAAUAACAUUUUCCCCAUCUAAUUGAUGAAAAACUAUUUACUGUUGGCUGCCCAGUAGAGAACUCUGAACCUGUCAAGGGAGGAUCUCUUCAUGAUGGCUUUGAACAAUAAUAAAGUCCUGUUAGCCAUACAAGGAACACUGGCAUUUCAUUUGGAGGUAUUCUUAAAUGACCUCCAGUGAAAGUGCAGGCUAGCUAGGAUUCCAUAUUCUGUACUGCCAUGUAAAUUUUAAUGAUGCUGUUUCAAAGGUCUGUAUUUAGCACAUUAACUUUGACAUAUCAUUCAGUCUGCAUUUCAGUUUCCAUUUGAGCAGGAAUUUUUUUCCAUCAGAUUUUGGGAUCUUAGUUUGUUUCCUUUACAUGAGUCUGUUGCCACAAAUAUGGCACUGAGCCCUGACAGAAUGCACAAGUUGCAACUUCAUGUUGCUGUUUAAAAAAAAAAAA